AUGACAGAAUCAAAUCAAGUAAACGGGGGCUGUUUCAUUAGGAUCCAGAGUUCUGGAAUUGUGGAUGCCAAGAACGGACCCCUAUCUUGCAGAGAACGUGGUGAAUUUGAAGAACCGAAGGUUUCUGAGAAGGUUUUUGGGGCAAAAAAGUCGCCUAAUUAUGAAAAACCGUCCAAUAUUUCUUUGCCAAAUUCUACUAAAAGUUUGUUAAGCAAAAAAGGGAAAGGAGAAGAUAGAGAGAGACAAGUAAAGAGUGAUGAAGUUCAAGCAGGAAAAUCAAAUGAUUGUGCUGUGUAUAGUGAAAACGAAAAAGUUACAACCCAUGGGUUAUCAAUCAAUUACCAUCAACCUUGUAGUAUUGGAAAAACUGUAUCAAUUCUUCAAAAUGAGGCUGAAAAGUUUCAAAGUGAGGUAUGUGACCCGAAUUUGAAUGUACUAGAGGCUAAUGGUUCGUCAAGUUCGACGGAUUUGAGUAUCGAUGAUUCUAAAGACGAAGAUUUUGUACCAAUGCCAGCUUGUGAUAUUUCAUACACGGCUGGUUCAAGAAAUUUUAGGUUACGGGGAGCAAAAACUCCGAUCAGUAGGAAAGGCAAUAUUUUUAAAGUAAAGAACGAUGGACACAAGGUUGACCGGGGCAGAAGAGAAUUCAAAAGAUCUCCGUUCAUUGGUAUGCGAAAACAGAGGACCAAUAGUAUAUUGGAAGCUUUGGUUGAUAUUCUUCCAGAAAAAUCAGUUUGUGAUGAUAUAUUAUUGAAUAUCGGGGCAAGAUUCCAUUCUCUUGAUGAAGAGCUGACAAAUACAUUUCCAAAUGGUGUAGGAGAUAUUUUGGGUGGUUUAGAGAACGAACAAGAUGUCCCAGAACCCACUGACCAUGUAGACUUCAAAUAA